CCGCCAAUAAUUCAGUAUCGCGGUGACUAGCUCUGCUUUUAGUUGUAAAUUCUGUGCGCUCCGUGUGAUAACAAAAUAGUUUUACGUUCAUUCAAGAAAAACCGAAAACUGACCGCUAGUGUGUAGAGCGGUCGACUUUUCAAUCAAAUCGUAUUUCAUGUGCCGUUGAAAACGAAAAAUGGACGUGGAAUUCGAGGAUUUGACAGUCAGAGUGAAUAGCAGUUGGUUUAAUAGAGAUUCUGGAAGAAGAAUUUUGAAAGGAGUGAGUGGCAAAUUCAAAGCAGGUCAGCUAUCUGCCAUACUUGGACCUUCAGGCGCCGGGAAAAGCUCUCUACUCAAUGCAAUAUCUGGUUACAGAUCUCAAGGCGUGAGUGGCCGUUUGAGACUGAACGGAGUGGCAAGAGAUGAAGCCAGGUUCAGAAAGAUGUCGUGCUAUAUCCAGCAGGAGGACCUUCUACAGCCAAUGCUCACUCUCCAGGAAGUCAUGAACUUUGCAGCCUUACUCAAACUUCCGCCAGGAACUGGAUACAAGCAGAGAAGAGUUGUGGUGAAUGAUAUUCAAGGAAUUCUGGGCUUGACUGAAUGUAGACAUACAAGAACUGAGGCGCUGUCUGGUGGCCAGAAAAAGAGACUAUCUAUAGCCCUAGAGCUGAUCAACAACCCUCCAGUCUUAUUUCUAGACGAGCCUACGAGUGGCUUGGACAAUGUGUCGACGUCGUACACUCUGCGUCUGCUGCGAACCCUGGCCCACCAGGGCAGAACAAUAGUGUGCACCAUACAUCAGCCAAGUGCCAGCCUCUUCCAGAUGUUCGACCACGUGUAUGUGCUGGCCUCGGGGCUCUGUGUGUACCAGGGCGUAACCGGCGAGCUCGUUCCCUUCCUAUCCUCGGUCGGUUUACACUGUCCCAGGCAUUACAACCCGGCUGACUUCGUAAUUGAAAUGACCGAUGGAGAUGACGAGGAUAAUAUCAAAAGAUUAUCUUCAGCGAUAAAAAAUGGAAAAGUUGUCCAACUUACGUCUGCUGAUGCCAAAAAGUCAAUUCCAGAUUUUUCAAAUCUACCAAUAGAAGGGCUACCACUUGAAGAGAAAAUAGUUGCAGUCACUGGUUCUGGAGAGAAAUACGUAGACAUGGACAACGGCAUCUGUCUCACUUGCCGAGCAGACUCAUCAUCUUGGUUAGAAUUCUGUACGCUUUUCCGAAGGAUGUUCCUUCAAAUUAUGAGAAAUAAGACUGGUCUAAAAAUCCAAUUCUACCAUCACUUGGUGUGUAGUCUGGCUGUUGGCAUUGUAUUCUGGGGCAAGGCACGCGACGGAAAUCAGUUCUUCAAUCACAUGAAGUUCUGCAUGGGGAUCAUUCUAUUCCACGCCUACACUCAGUGCAUGGUACCUGUUCUUACCUUUCCAUUCGAAGUGAAACUUUUGAAGAAAGAACACUUCAACCGAUGGUAUCGACUCACGCCCUACUACAUGGCUCUACAACUCUCCAAAGUUCCAACCAUGACGAUAUUCAGCCAGUUGUUCCUGACAAUAGUGUACGUGAUGUCGGGUCUACCAAUGGAGUUCUACAGGUUUUUCGUUUUCUCAGUGGUUGGCGUCAUGACUGCAUUUGUGGCUGAGGGAUGGGGUCUUGCCAUUGGAUCUGUAUUCAAUGUCACUAACGGCAGCGCAGUGGGACCGAUGACAAUUGCGCCGUUUCUCGGAUUCGCGAUCUACGGCUUCGACUUUGCCCGAGAUAUUCCGGCCUGGUUUAUGCCCAUCCUCAAGCUGAGCUUCCUCAGAUCGGGCGUCAUCGCCCUCAUCAUCGUGGUGUUCGGCAUGAACAGGGGUUUCCUCGACUGCAACCACGAGAUGUACUGCCACUUCAAGAAUCCUCGCAUCAUCAUCUACUACCUGGACAUCGAGGGCGUAUCGCCCUGGCAGGAGAUACUCGGCAUGUUUGCCAUGCUCCUCUUCUUCAGAAUUGUCUGCUUUUUUGGACUAAAAUGGCGGCUCAGAACUUGAUCCAAUAAGUAAAUUAAGUGAAUUUGUAUGGCUUUUAUCAUAGCCACCUCUAAUACAAGGCCGCGGCCUACGAU